UUAAAAAUUACCAGCACACUUAACUGUCGCACCAUUUUUGUGUUCUCAGAAAUGAAAUGUUUUCGAAAUAUUUUGGCCAUACAAGAUCGUCGUGUCGUCGAAGACUUAACAGAGGCCAUCAAAAACAACAAUGUGGCUAAUUUUAAAAAUCUUUUUUCCAAAUCGUUGAACCGAGAACGGAACGAAGACGGUUUUACCUUACUUCAGGAAGCUAUGUACCACAAUCGGCGAGAGAUAUUCGACUAUUUGUUGCAAUUUCAACGUAAAGACGAUUUAGAGGUUCGCAACGCGGGGGGCGAAACGGCGUUAGCGUCUGCAAUUGAUUUUUAUAACAAAAUUGACGAUUACUAUGCGUUAACGCUAAUCGAAAAAGGUGUAUCGUUAGAGGUAAAAGACGGGUACACGACUUACCUACACGAAGCAGUUAGAUUUUCACCUUCAAUAACAAAACUUUUACUGGAUAAAGGAGUUGAUGUUAACAUUACAAAUCGGUCAGGUGGCACCGCAAUAUUCGACGCACUUGUAAAACCUGAAAAAGAUAACAAUGACGAAAUUAUAGCCACCCUGCUAUAUUACGGUGCCGAUCCUUUUAGCGAAUUUGUAAUCAAAUGGAAUGCAUUCGAACAGGCUGUGCUAUGUGGACAAGGUGACUUUAUACAAGAACUUUUAUUCUUAUACACGUUUGAUGAACAUAUACCUGGCGACAUCAUGUUCAAGGUUUUGUUAAGACUCGCAAAACAGAAGUCACCGUUAUUCCACAAAAUUUUUGAGUAUGACGUGGAUUUUUUGUUAGGUGACGAAACACGAAAACAAGAUUUUGCAGAGUUUUUGUAUGAUCUGUUUGCCAUAGAGAAUGACUAUUUGGAAAUCCUUGUGGAGAAGUGCGAUACAAUUAUAGGUGAAAUUUUUGAAAACCUGCUUAUUUGUAAUUCUGUUCAGGACUUGGAUAUUUUCCUGGUUGCUUGCUACGAUAAAUAUGCCUACGAAAAAGUAUUCAGCACAAACCUGACUUUAAAAAAGUUAGUUUUACUUCUUGAAAAAAAUGAGGUGGUGAGUCAAAAUGUCGUGGAUUUUAUUGGCGCUUUACAUAGCAGUGAACUAUUUGGUUGGAUAUCUAACAUGAACAACAAGUCUACAACAAUAGAAUUGUUCGUCUACUUGAUAUUACACGGUCUACAAGUUGAUACCAAACUCCCCGAAUUUGUUUUUAACAAAUAUGGUUACUGUGACUUAUUCAAACUGCUGCUGCAUCUAGACGUUGAUAACGAUACGAAAUUAUUAUCAAAUAAGAUUACCAGAAACUUAUACAAUUAUAGUGGUUGUUUACUUACCCCCAGAAACAGAUCCGUUCUCAUCCCGCCAAAUUCUCGAUUCCGAACUUCAGUGCUACAUUUUAUUUGUGAUGUGACUUCGAAUUUAAACCUGUCUACCGAAAACUGUGGGGCUUUUAAUACUGAUGUUUUGGAGUAUUUUGCUUGUCCUGAAUUGUACAAACUCAUUUUACAUCUCGCAGAAAACGGUAAACUGUCCGAUGAGGCUCUAAAAAGAAUAAAAAAUCACCCACGUGUAUCUCUCCUGACUGAAAUAUCGCGGAACGUUUUUAGGAAGUAUUUUGUGACUAAACUCAAAAUCACAACUACGAAACAGUUUUAUUCUCUUCUUAAUGGUCUUCCUAUUAGUGCUACCCAUAAAAAAAUCAUAACUUUUGAAACCAAAUUGUAUAAUGUUUAAAAUAAAA